GAGCAGAGCAGACACUGACCGAGCCGUUCACCUUUUGAAGAGUGGAAAAACCGAGCGCAUCGAGAAUGACGACUACCAAAGCUGUGCUGCUGCUGCUGCUGCUGUGGACGGGUCUGGCUUCGGCAGAGAGCGGAGGAAGCCAUGAGGACUCUGCAGGUGCAGCCAUAGCCCCCCUCCCCCCCAGGCAUCCCAACAGCCUGCCCGAGAUGCAGGAGAUGCUGAUCGAGAUGCGCGGUGAGCUGGCGAAGCAGAAGGCGGAGAUCAGGCUUGCUAAGGCACAAGUGGAGGAAGAGUUGGAAAAACUGAAAAGAAAAAACAAAGAACUAGAAUUGAAACUAGAGGCUGUUGAGGACAACAACGCAGACUUGAACAACACACUAAAGCAACUUCAGAACAUCAAUGAAGAGAGUAAGGUGGCUUUUUCAGUCUCCUUCUCAGUGUCAUCUGACAUCCACAUCGGACCCCACGACACAGAUAUCACCCUGGGCUUCAACCACGUCUUCAGCAACAUUGGCAACGCCUACAGCGUGUGCUCAGGUAUUUUUGCGGCUCCAGUAAGAGGAGUGUACCAGUUCCAAUACCACAUCUUUGCCGGAGGCUCACACGGUGCCGGCGCCAAACUAAUGAAGAACGGCGAGCAGGUGGCGGCUGCCUACAACCACAAAGCGCCGCACGACAUCAAUACCUCCCAAGGGCUGUCUCUGCUGCUGGAGAAAGGCGACGAGGUGAGCCUGCUUCUGGAGGCGGGCUGGUGGGUGGCGGCGUACCAAGGCCACCUCACCACCUUUAGUGGACAACUCCUCUUCCUCAUGUGAUGAGGUGGUGUUUACAAACACACAUAUCACAUACAUCUCCUCUUCCUCAUGUGAUAAGCUGAUGUUUCUAAACACACUAAUGUACACACAGAGACCUGUAAUGCCUUCACAGACCACCAGCGGGCUGUGAAUCACUGGUUGAAAAAAACCUGAUGUAAAUAAAAAUCAAUAAAUAAGUAUUGAAUACAAUGA